UCAGGUUUGAACAGAAAAGAUGUCCAAAGAAUACUUGUUGUAGAUCUGUUUAUACUUGAUGGUGUACUCGGGGUUUUUUUGUGUAACCCGUCAUUUUCGAAACAAAAGCACACGUCAAGCCUAGAGUAUCACAUUACGAGGACAUUAAUCUAUGGGAAAAGUCUACAGCUAACAGUGCCUUGAAGUGUUGACAGGCAAAGGUUAUGUACAUGAGCUCCAGUCUAGUUAUUACUAUUGUACAUUAAUUUAACUUCAUUUGGCGCCAGACAUGUUGAAGUUCGCAGUCAAGAAGAGUGCUAAAAACAUUUUCCACGACGCAGUUUCAAACAAAGACUUAUCAAGACUGAAAUUUAUACUCCAAAAUAAUCAAAAAGGAUUCAAUAUUGACGAGCUUGAUGAAGAUGGUCUGACUGCUUUACAACGAAGUUGUUUCAUCGGCAACUUAAAACUUGUCCAGCUCCUAGUAAAUUAUGGUGCGAAUAUUGAUAUUCAGGAUAGGGAAGGUUGGAGCGUCUUACAUGCAUCAGCAGUGGCAGGGAAUUCAUCGAUUCUUAGAUAUCUCGUGUGUAUGGGAGCUGAUGUAACUACUCGUAAUGAUUUUGGUGAACUAGCAAUCGAUCUCGCGAGCGAUCUUGACUGCGUUAUCAUAUUAGCUGAAGCUAUGAUAUCAGCUGGCCACAGGGAGUUAAUAGACGGCUAUUUCGCUAAACAACCCUCGUUGAAAGCAUUAAUUGAAGAUAGAUUAAGAGAGAUUUCUAAAAAGCCUAAUGAAUUAUCAGAACAAGAAUACUCGUCAGAAGGAAGCAAGAAUCGAAGUGGGGAAAGAUUUAAAAAGAAUUAUUCCAAAACGCUUGAAUCACGAAAGGAAUCGACCAGCGUGAACACUAGUGAAAGCCGUAGACAACCACUUGGGAAUAUAUCCAACACGUCUACCAACAAAGAAGAGGGACUUCACAUAAUUGAAAGAGGUGGGCAACCGGAAGAAGGCAGGACUGGAAGAGAUAAGUACAACACUAGAAUUAAAAGAGUUGAGUGUAAGAAGUGUCAUGGAAAAAAACGUUUGUCAACUUCUUCCAGUUGUUCCGUUUCAUCGGAUUCUUCAAGCUCGAGUUCGUCUGAUUCAGCAUACGUUUCCUCCUUAUCACUUGUAACUGAAGGUCUUCCUACCCAGAUUGAAGAGCCUACGAAAAAUGAGACUUAUUCACAUGAUGAUGAUGUUAUAAAUCCGGUAUUUGAUUCUGUCCUGCCAAAACAGAACUCGACCCCGGAAAAUACAAAACACAGAGUUCACAACUGUAGAAAACAUGAAAAGCGCAAUAAAUCUAGAAGCAACUCAUCACCUGCGUCUGUAUCGACCUCGAAACGACAUCGUAUCUUGAGUAAAAUUAAAGAACACUCUAAUGUUAAUGCUCUUAAUGAGUCAGGUUUAUCUCUGCUUCAUGUAAUGGCAAGACAAGGCGAUGCUGAAAGCGUAAAGAUUCUCCUUGAGAACGGUGCAGAGGUUAACCGACAGGCGCUUAAUGGAAGCACACCAUUACAUGAAGCGGCACAGAGUGGGAGCUUGGAUUGUAUUUUAAUGCUAUUAAGCUAUGAAGCUGAUCUUUUCGCGGAAAAUGACAAUGGAUUCUUACCGAUAGACAAGGCAAAAAACAAGGAUGUCAAAUUGUCACUGCACAAGGCAAUGGCAAUGAAAUGACAACGCAUUUAUUCAUACUAAAAAUCGCUCUGUAGAUUUUUAAACUGACAUAUAUACACAUGAAUAUAUUUUCCACAAUAUUCGAAUUUUUAAAGUAAAACUUUGCUGUAAUUUCCAAAGUUUCAAACAUAUUUACAUUUUAAUAGAUAUAGAAUUAUCAAUGACACAUUUCGGAUUAUUUUAUUUAUUCCGGAGAUUUCAGGUCUCUUUCUUCAAACCAGUUGAUGCGGAAGACUGCGUUGUUCUUGUAACUGUCAAUUAAGUUCGUUGUAAACAUCUCUGAUAGCUGAAAAUACUUGUGCUGCAUCCCUAUUGUAUUCCUUUGCUGAAAUCUUUCAGAUGGUCGAUGUACAUAUAUAUAUUUGAACUUUCGCAUUCAAAUUUAUCGAAGGCUUAAAGUAUAUUUUAUAUACAUAUUCAUAGCAUAUACCAAGUAUAAAAGAUCCUUUUGAAACUUUUUUCAAGAUUGUAAAACUUAGUAAAAAAUCUCUCUAACCCUAAAAUAUAAUAAUUUUACGACUCUUAAAUACUGCUUUUAAAAAAAAUUAUCUUAAGCAAUUGUUUUCUAAGAUUUCAGACAUUAAUUUUGCUGUCUCAUAGCGUGGGAACAUUUUGUUGGCUUUUUCACCCCAUUGUGAAGAUAAACAAAUUCGCUUAAUAAAAACGUCGGAUCCCUCUUUCCCAUUCUGUUUACACAUUCAAUUUCAUUAUCACCAAUAAGUAAAACUCUAUUGACUAUGAAAACGAUUAAAAAUCCAUUGAAAAUUG